AUGUUCCUUGGUAGCGAUCCUUGUCCCCAAUCAUAUGGGCGCGACUUAAUGUCAUGUGCUGCUCAGGACAAAGACCACUCACAAUGCUGCCAAGCCAAAGGAGUAGAGCGAACCACUGCAGGAGCCAAAUGCCUCAAGUUUUGUCAAAUGCUUCCCGGCACAACCUUCCAGCCCGACGUUAGCUAUCUACCAUGCUGGGGAGUCCUGAAAGAAAUCAAACAAUGCUUCAAAGAAGCUCUACAGCCUCACCUGUGA